AUGCGAAAUCCGAAAGAAUGGCGUGGAACCACGUCGACAAGUAGGGUGUUUGUGCAACGAGGAUAUCAGCUUUCAGAUGAGUUGGCAUUGCGGCAAGUACAGGUUCUCGAACGACGAUAUGGCGGAGUCGAUCGAGCACAUCGAGCAGCAACAAUAAUUCAGAGGGCAUUUCGAGAAUAUUGCCUCAAGAAGCGGUGGACCAUGUUGACGUCGCAUAGUCAUCAAACAAUCGAUUCAAUGAAUGAAGGCAAAUGUUCGACAUCAGCAAACAGGAAUGAACUAUCACUGACAGGAAAAUACGCAACGAGUCUUAGUGCACAGCUACGUCUGGAUCGUGCGACGCGUGCCAACACUGUUGAUCGAAGCCCGCCAUCGCCAGCGCCAGCUGCUUUAUCAAGUCUUCAGAACUCCAAUAUGAUUGAUAGUUUGAUGUCACCGCGUCUCGGCAACCGUCGAUUCGCCGCUUCAUCGCGUUGUGCGCCAACCGGCAGCGGAGAGAUGACGGCGGCCGAGGUUUGGCUUCCGCGGCCGUCAUUAGUCACUCACAACCCAGCACAUUCGAAUUCGCUGCCGCGUCUCGACAAACACCGCGUUCAUGCCGAUGGUGCGGAUUCGUCGAGAACGAGCAGGAAAACGUCGGAACAAUUUCCGAGUCGGGCGUUGACCGAACAAGAAAGGAAACGACAAUAUCGAAUUGCGCUGAACUUUUUUAAUAAAAAACCCGAACGUGGUGUCCAACUCCUUACAGCAUGGGGAUUCGUGAAAAACUCGCCGGAUUCGCUGGCGAGUCUUCUGUUUGGUCGCCGUGGAUUAAGUAAAGCAAUGAUUGGAGAGUAUAUCGGCACCUUGCACUCAUCAUAUCAUUCCCUUGUGUUAAAAUAUUUCAUUUCACUAAUCGAUGUUCGAGGUCUUGAAGUAGAUGUUGCUCUUCGCAAAGCCAUGCAAUAUUUUAUUUUACCGAAAGAAGCCGAGAAAAUCGACAAAAUAAUUCAAGCUUUUGCCCUUCAUUACUCCAAAUCAAAUCCCAAACGAACAUCAAUGUUCCGAGGUGGUUGGGAUACUGUACAUUUGCUUGCUUUUGCUAUCAUAAUGCUCAAUACUGAUCUACAUUCACCGAAUGUGAAGCAACGUAUGACCUCAAAUGAUUUCGUGAGAAAUCUCAGAGGACAAGACAAGGCUGCCGGCGAGAAAGACGGAAAAGAUUUGGAUCGAGUGUUUCUGGAAGGUAUUUAUGAAAGGAUCAAGAAGGAUGAACUGAGGCCUGGCGAUGAUCAUGUGGCACAGGUUCAGAGAGUUGAUCGAGCGAUUAUUGGAAAGGAUAAACCUAGACUAACUGAAACUCCAAGAAGAUUAGUUUGCUAUUGUCGCCUGCAACAAGUCAGUGAUCCAUCGAAAAAACAAUCAUCGAAUGCAAGAGAACGCGAUGUGUUCCUUUUCAAUGAUAUGCUGAUUGUCGCUAAAGGAGUCCGCAGGAAUUCUUCGUCGGUCACCGGAUGCACGUAUACAUUGAAACAAUGGUCCUUCUUGCUCGGUGCUAAUGUUUUUGAGUUCAAAAAAGGUCAAUACGAAUUUGGAUUAACAAUUGUUUGCCCAAAUCACGAGAAAAUCCACUUCAAUGCGAGGAAUUAUGACGAUAGAUGCCACUUCGUAGCCGAUAUUGCUGAAUCAAUUCGAGAAGUUACGGAAAUGGAGCAAGUGCGACUUGAGCUUGAAAUGGAGCAGCACACACUGCGAAACGAUAGCCAAAGGGACAGUGGUUUGCCAGAAUUAGAUGAAACCAUCAAGAUGGGGAAUGGUAGUAGUAGCAGCGCGAAUUCAUCAGCGUCAUCAAAUGGAGCAUCCUUUCGACGACUAUCAUUCAAUUCUCUCGAUAGCGGAGCGAAAUCUGCACUUUUGCUUGAAGUUAAAUUGGCAAAGGAUCGAGCGGAACAAUAUGGACCACAAGGAUGGCUUCGACCGAAAAGUCUUGCAACAAACAAGGAAUUCCUUUCGCGGACACUUAAAUCAACACUACCUCGAGAAAAACGAAAGAAAUUAGAAAAAUGA